AAAAAAAAAAAAAAGGAAAGUUUUUGUACAUUAAAAUCAGGAGAUGAAAAAGAAAAAGAGGAAAGACACACGCCGAAAUGAACAAACGUGUCCAGGUCGAAACCUUUGUACAUGUACAAAAUAAACAAACAGGAUGUCAUGAGGUUGAAAAUAAGAAUGGGCAGGCAAAUGAGCAAGUAGUUUGUCCAUAUACGUUAGUCGCUCAUGUAAGGGAUAACAACUUAGCAUGCUCUUUUCUUUUUCUUUUCUUUUUUUUCCUUCUUCUCAUAUAAUGCGUUGGUGCGUAUGUAUGUGUGUGUGUGUGUGUGU